AUGGCUGCUGAGCUGGGUGCAAGUGCAGCUUUGGGUUUCCAGCUCCAGGCACCACUACAGCAGGGAAUGCAGCCCCCAGUGAAAAUGGAAGAGCAGAACCCAGUCAGCCCCAAGCCAGGGGAGAGAGCGGAAGGGGCAGAAAAAGCCCUUUGUGUCAUCCAGGCUGGUACCAUUGGGGGGCUACUGAGAUGGGCAGCACCACGAUGGGUCAAGCAGGAGCCACAGAAAGAGCCAGCCACCCUCCGUGGGGAUGACACCCACAUAGAGACGCGGCGUCGGCGCUUCAGGCAGUUCCACUACCAGGAGGCCAAGGGGCCCCAGGAGGCUUACAGCCACCUCCAGGAGCUCUGCCAUGGCUGGCUGGAGCCGCAGAGCCGCACCAAGGAGCAGAUCCUGGAGCUGCUGAUCCUGGAGCAGUUACUAACCAUACUGCCAGAGGAAAUGCAGAGCUGGGUCUGGGAACGUGGCCCUGAAACCUGUGCCCAGGCGGUGGCCCUGGCAGAGGGGUUCCAGCUGAGGCAGCCAGAGUUUGAGGGGCCAGGGCUACAGGUCAUGGUGCGUGUAAAGGUUGAGGAAGUGGCCUCAGAAGAAAAGGCGUCCCCUGGGGCACUAUGGGAAUCUGCUGGCUCCAGACUAGAGCAGCCACAGCCCCAUCCCGGGUGUGCAUCCCAGGACGGGGGAUGGAAUGAAGCUUCAGGAUCCCUGUACAAGCUGCCUCAUAUCCCCAAAGAGGAGCACCAGCCCCUCCAGGAAAUAGCCGAUGGCAAGGCCAGUGGUGACGACAAAGGCGAAACGUGUCACUCAGGAGAGCAACCAAAACACAAGUCAAAGAAUGGGCAGCAUCGCCCUGGGGAACACAACCCAGCAGAACAAGCUCAUAAGCGCACCAAGAGUGGGAAGGGCAUCAGUGUCGGCUCUGCCCUUAUUACACCACAAAGAGUCCACGCGAGCAAGAAACGCUGGACCUGUGAUGAGUGUGGGAAAAGACUUGGCGACAGCUCGGCUCUCACAAAACACCGGAGGAUGCACGCCGGCCAGAAACCUUUUGUCUGCACUGCCUGUGGUAGGAGCUUCAGCCAGAGCUCGGUCCUCAUGACGCACCAGAGAACUCACACCGGGGAGAGACCUUACAUCUGCACGGAGUGUGGGCGACGCUUCAGCGACAGCUCCAACCUCACUCGGCACCAGAGAACCCAUGUGGGCCAGAGACCCUAUAUCUGCACCGUCUGCGGGAGACGCUUCAGCCAGAGCUCACAUCUCACGAGACAUCAGAGGACCCACACGUCUCAUAACCAUGGGCACAGCUGCACAGCAGGUCCUGAGCAGCCACUGCCCCAGAGCAGCCCCAUGGCAGGGGGUCUUGUGGCCUAG